UAUUGCUUGUAAAGAAUGACUCACGUGCUGUCGCAUCGCACGAGUCAGAUCCCGGUGCUGAAACUGGAGGGUACUGAAUGCGAAUUCAAGGCGAAACGGGCUCCCGAGUACGAUGGCCUGCUCCGUGUAAAGGACUCUGCCUUCAGCCUGUCCUUUACAUACAGGUACUGUCGGCUCUAUUACACUGCACUGUAUAUCUAUGACCGGAAGAAGCGAGUCAAACCUACGUGCGCAAUCGAUUUGAACGACGCAGUAAUUGGGGCAUCGCUGAAUAAGCUGAGGCUGAGGAUCAUUGCGAAAGGGGUGACAUACCACAUGAAAGCACGCACGGAGACGGAUUUCUCUCGUUGGCUAGAAGCGAUACGAGAAGCGAGGGAAAUAAAGGAGGACGACGAAAUUGUGCUGAAGGUGUACUUUUUAGAUGGCGCAUUCAUUAAUGUGAAUGUCACGGACGAAACUACGGCGGAAGACCUGUGGAAACGCAUCUGCGAAAGGCUGUCACUGGAAGAUGAUUGCAGGCCCAGCUUUUUCAUUUGGGCCAUCGGGUCAAGACUAGAGGUACUAUUGCGGAAUUACGACAAGAUAAAGGAUGUACUGAGAGACUGGAAUGAGAAGUACGUGCCACAGUACUCUGACAACCUUGAGAGCCCCCCAUUCGUGGUCUUCAGGAGGUCACCAUUUUCGCAGAUUGAGAGGGAGCUGCAGUUCCACAGCGAAAAGGCGAUUUACCUGUUGUACUCUGAGGCGGUUUUUGUGUUUUUGAUUAACGGCUACUACACGUCUCGAGACCAAAGGCAUUACCUUUCCGGGCUGAUCGCGCAUGUGCUGUUCGGAGACGCCAAAGAGGGGCUAGAGGCAGAGUACCGUCACUCCCUGCCCAAGCUAGUGCCAGGCUCUGCGAGGGCGUUGAUCAAGCAAAAGAAGGGACUCAAGGAGGUGAGAGCGGUUCAGGUCGAGCAUGCGAAACACAGAGGCACGCCUCUUGAGGCCAUUUACAGACAGUUUUUGAAAGUGGUGCAGGCCCUGCCCUACUAUGGGUCGGUCUUCUUUUUUGUUCAAGAUAACACCGUCGACAAAUCCGGAUAUUUCGUCGGUGACAGCGAUAUUAUGUGUUUAGGUGUCAACCAACUCGGCAUUCACUUCUUCAUCAAGGGGAAGCACAAAUUUUCUCACCCCUGGGAAAACGUAUCCUAUUGGAGGAUGGACAAGUCAACCAAGAGAUAUUUGUAUAUUUUAGUUCGGGCGAAAAAAAACGUCUAUUACGUCUUGGAGACUCCCGCCUGUCUCCUUAUUAAUAGCUACGCCUCCAGCAUGAUUUGGCGUAGAAGACUAAUGGAUCUGGCAUUAGCUAACAAAUAAAAAUCUAUCUAGUCUCUGGGCUCGGAGUUUCCCUGGACUCCUAGAAAAA